AUGCAGCUGAGUUGGCUUUUUGUCCAGGUUCUGCUGGCCGUGCUUCUUCCCGUUUUCUGCCUUCGGCCUCUCGACUGUGCUGGUGUGGAGGAGGAUGGUGUGCGGUGGGAUGUCGUCAGACUGGAUCUGUCACAUGCGCUGGGAGAAGUGCUUCACAAUGGAGCACUGUCUCGAGAUCUUCAUGCCUCCAAGGAUUCCAAAGGCCGGGAUCCGGCAGUGUCCUAUGGGGAUGUACAGCUACAGCGUCACUUGGAGCGGCUGCAGCGGCUUGUCCUGGUGCUACCAGAGAAAAGCAGGUGCCCCUUGGGGCGCUAUUGCCUGCGUGUGCUGGUUUCAGUACUCUACUCUGGGUUGAGCUGGGAGGCAUGGUUUCGUCGCUAUGAGGAAGACUUGUGGGGCCUCAUCCACGGCAGCAAUUGGACAGAGGCCAUCACCGCGGAAUGGCCAAUCUUUCAGAUCCUUGGCCUUGUGGGUGACCUGUACGAAGGACAGCCAUACCCUGUGGGUUGCGAAGUGGAAGCAGACCUGGGGCGCUUAGCUGCUUGGUUGAAGAGCCCCGUGCAGGAGGCCGCGGCGAUCAGGAGCAAUGCGUUGCCUCUGCUGCGCCACUCGUGUGCACUGGCCCGAGCCGGAGCUGCUGCUGCCUUGGCCUCUGCUGGGAUGCGCCUUUCUGGCGAGAUGGCGCUGGCAAUGCCAGGUGUUGAUCCUGCUCUCUUGGCACAAAGUCAAGCUGCUCUGCGAGCAGCCGCCAGCGAUAGGCAUAUGGGGCCGAAGGCAAUUUUCACGCGACCAUUGCCAGCAUUUUUCCUGCACUUGGACGAGGCGCAGAAGCGCUUGCGCAGGAAGUGGCAGAAGCUGCGUGAGCGGCUGGACAUCCUGUACUGCGGACCUUUGGAAAUUGAGGAGGAGUUGCAGGACCUGUGCAGCAAUGUGCAAGGUGAUUGCAAGAUCCAUUACCACCAGGACGUGGACAGGCCUCGACUCCAUCCGGGCCCGUGCUUUGCUCACUAUCGGCAAGCAUCGCAGGCUAUCUCGAAUAUGGACCAUGCAGCUGCAAUGUCAUCAACCGUUCUAUUGGUCAGUCCUUCUACCUGGAUAUGGGGUGAGGAGCUAACGCACGAUGUUCGGCAGCUUUUGCGUGAGCGACAGCGAUGGGCUCGAGACAUUUCUGUGGCUGGCUUGCCUACGAUUAACCGUUCACGCAUUUUCAAUUGGCCGGUGAAGAGAAUCCUACACCGACACUGGAAGCUGGCAUAUGAAGAGUAUGCCACUGGACAUGAAACAUCUCCUUUCCUUCCGCUGGCCCAGUUCUGGGCAGUGGGAGACACCACUUCUGGCACGCGGGCAUACAGCACCCUGGUGUUCAAGAGCUUGUUGGAGAGCUUGUCCAGACAUGAGCUUGAAUACACUACUGCCCUGCCAAAAACUCAAGGUGCUAUCGAACCUUCUGAUGGAAAUGAGGCCGCAGAAAACUGGCUUGUGAUGCUGGACCUUCUUGGAAAAGAAGCUGGCCUUCGCGCCUACACAUUUUUGACUGGGGCCUCCCUCGAGAAUGUCUACCAAGCAGAAGCUUUACUUUCUCCGCGAAUUUCCAGGACCUUUCACAUUGAGUCCGCAAGAUUCCUGGCCCAGAAAGGAGGUCCUUCACAAGAACACUGCCUUUUCCCAACCUCGGGUCAUGCGAGCAGCUUCACCCAGAAUCACGGUGUUGUCGUCAGUUGGUGCACCAGGAAGGCAUUGAAAACUAUGUUCCGCGAUGUUGGCGGUUGGUGGCUGGCUUUGGACCCCCUUCGUCACAUCAUUGUGCCGGUGUCCGCCAGUGUACUAAACCUCUACAGGAGUGGCGAGACCGAGCUGUUUCCAUGGGAUGCGGACAUCGACGCAAACUUCAUUGCGUCGCAUGAUGUGGUUGUGGGGGAGUUUCUGCAGAAGCACAAAGACACUUUGAAUACCAUGGGCUAUGACUUUGUUCUCAAAGGCGACCGUGCGGUCUUCAAAACUCUCGCUGACACUGCCAGAAUGGACAUUUGGAUUUCGGGCCCGCAGGAUGUUCGCGCCUAUGACAUCCGUGGCAGGCUUUGCGGUCUUCGCGUAAACUUUUUCCGAGAUCAACUUGCAGGUUCUGUAUGGUACUAUCGGCCUGGUGAGAAAAUUUACGGCAACACACGCGGGCAGCUGCUCCACUGCCGCUGGAAAGGACACAACGCUUGCCUGCCAGAUUGUGUGAGGAAUGGCUUGGGAGUUGGCACAGAUGGUUGCGAGUUUCCCGACCGGUUUGUACACUUGGCCGAGUGA